AGAACUCGAAACACCGAAACACACCCUCAUCAAGUGAACAACCUGUGGUAUUAAGGAAGCUAGAAGUAGUGGAAAAUGAUCAGUAUUGACGAUGUUGCUACGCUCAUUACACAGCCAUCUGUCAUUGUUGUACUGUUAUUAGUGGUCUUGUACUUAACACCUGCGAUUGUUGCAUGUGUAUGUGUUGUUUCUGUCCUUCUAUUCAGGAUACUAUGGAAUUUGAACGGAAUCUACAAGAGACAUGGCGUAUGGGAACCUCUAGGCAAGGAUGAUGUUGCAUUAAUCACAGGUGGAGCCAAUGGAUUAGGGUUAGAACUGUCGCUUCAAUUGGCUCAGAGAGGUGUCAAGGUGAUUGUCAUUGAUAAAGCUGCGGAGGUUCCAAACACACUUGAGGGUCAUAUUGUGUAUGAACGAUGUGACUUAUCAAACAGUGAGAGCUUGCUAUCACUGAUCAAGAAAGUCAUCGCAACUCAUGGGUAUCCAACCGUGUUGGUGAAUAACGCUGCAGUGCGUGAUGGUGGGUCCCUCCAAGAGUUGACGUCUUCACAGGCUGAGAAUAUUGUGAGUGUGAAUACGCUCGCACCUCUUCUUCUCAUGAGAGAGUGUCUCAAGACUUCAAGGAGAAUAUACACCAUAAAUGUUGCCUCUGUACUGGGGUUUGUUUCGCCCGCCAAUCUCAGUAUGUAUUCCUGUACAAAGGCAGCAUUGAUAUCGUUGCACGAUUCCAUAUCACAUGAGUACUCGUCCGACGUAUCAAAGAGGUUUCUACUCGUUGCACCGGGACAGUUGAAUACCGCAAUGUUUCAGAACGUGACACCACCAAGGCAAUGGCUUGCACCUGUUCUCGAUGCACGGGCUUUAGCAACAACAAUAGUUCAAAAGUGUAACCAAGGUGAAAGAGGUACUGUUCAUGGGCCGGUGUACACCUAUUUCAUCCCCAUUUUGAGACUAUUGCCAUACUCAUUAGCAGAGCUGUGUCGCUGGUUCAGUGAAAUGGACACCAGUGUUAAGAAGGGGGAAUCCGAUGCCUAACGUGUAAACACAGUAUUAUGUUUUCAAUAGUGCGCAGCCCGUGGUAUAUACUUCGGACCAAUCACAGACGAUAUGGGCUCAUAACCGUAGAAGCUCAUCGCGAAUUCGCCCGUGUUGUAUGACACAUCCAAAGAAACAACAACUCACCAGCUCUUUAACCGUGUUUAA